CCGGCCACCAUAGCAAAACCAUAGAUUAGACACGUAUUCGCCUUUUGCUUUGGCCUUCAGGGUGGCUAUCGCAUUGGCAUAACACGAAUCUCUUUGUGACAGAUAUUGGUUCUUUUUUCCAAGCAAGCAGUAAUCAAUUAGAAGAAGCUAACGACACCAAAUCUCUUGGAGGAAAGAGUGUCGAUGCAGUGGUGAAGUCAGGGCAAAACAAUUGCUCAUUAGCCCCACGUAUGAUGGUUGCCCAACUUUUAAGGAAUGCACCCACUGCGAGUCCCUCUGGGAGGGGCUCCGAGGGUGGUGCGACCACCCUGUGGUUCUGACAAGAUGGCUGGCCAGCCCUUGGGGCAAAUGGCUUUGAGAGGUGUUUGGCAACUUCAAAAGCUGAUUGUGAGCUAUUCUGAUUGGGGGGGAAGUAGUAGGGGCAUCAGGGCGUUUAUGGAGUUGCACCUACCAGCAUUUAAAGAGAAAAAUCCUCAGCUAGAAGUUGUUGAUGAACUCAUUCGUGGUCAGCAUCCGCAUUUGAAAGGCUUUUACCGUAAGACUCCCUCUCUCUGUGCAUUUACUGCAAAAUGUUUUUGUAAAGUUCAAGGAAGGAUUUAUUUUGCCGAAUGCACAGGGAACAAAAACCAACGGACGAUAUGUGUGAAGAAUAUGGAUCCAGAAGAGAUACUUCUACAUGCAACCAGGCUAAGGAAUGCGUUGGGAAGAAAGGUGGUGAAAUUGAAGACAAGACACGUAACCAAACAUCCUAGCGUUCAGGGCACAUGGACAACGGAUGUGAAAUUUUGAGGCACAAGAAACUGCUCCAUGAGGAUCUUCUCUAUUGGUGUGUUCUAGUAAUUCUGUUAAGUAGUCUAGCUUAAUGAUCAUGAUCAGUUGUGGAAUAUGGCUAAUUCCCCACUUUUGUUUUGCGCUGAAUAAUGACAUGCAGUUGGGUAAUUCAGGUUCCUCGUGAUCCUUCCAUGCUACUCACAAGGUUGGGAAUAAUCUGAGAAAAUAAUGGUUUUUGCUUCC